AUGCUUUAUGGCGGUGGCGUUUUUCACACAAUCUCUGUUGAAUCAGCUAAACAUUUUAACCGCAUAAGACCGCCACCACUCCACUGUGCGGCGGAGGGGUCGAUAAGGGGUGUUACCACCGCGUCCGCGGCUCCCCGGACGACGGCGCACCAGUGCCGGCCCGGACAGGGACGGUGCCGGGUGCAGUACGUGGCCGUUCUCUGCCGUAGCAACGCCCGCCCUCCACUAUAGCGUAUCGGUGACCUUCAGACUGCACAGCGAGUGGUGUGCGAUCGGGUGACUCUGCCGGGCUACUGCGUCAUUCAUGAGAGACCGCUGUUGGCUGUGAGUUUGCAAUAAGCCUUUGAUCGAGUGGUGAGGACCAUCAGACUGGGUGUUGGUUAAGUUGAGUGGAAAUCAUUUGAACAUGCCAUUUCCCGUGUGUGUAUACGGGAGGGGGCUGGUGGUGGCAUUUUUGACUCUCAUCACCGUCGUUACCGUCUCCAGCGCCGCCGAUGCCGGUCCCUCCCAGCCUCCCAACAUUGUGCUGAUCGUGGCCGACGAUCUGGGCUGGAACGACGUGCCGUGGCACAACUCGCUGGUGCGCGCGCCGACGCUGGCGCGGCUGGCGGCCGACGGAGUGACGCUCGAGCAGGCGUACGUGCAGCCCAUCUGCACGCCGUCUCGGUCCGCGCUGCUCACGGGGAGGUACCCGUUCACCUUGGGCCGGCAGCACGACGUGCUCUGGCCGCUGCAGCCCACCGGCCUGACCCUGGACACGCCGCUGCUCUCGGAGAAACUCCGCUCCGCCGGCUACCGCACACACGCCGUCGGCAAGUGGCACCUGGGCUUCUGCCGGCGGGCGUACACGCCCACAGAGCGCGGCUUCCAGUCGUUCCUGGGCUUCUGGACGGGCUCGGAGAACUACUACACGCACUGGCGCGGUCUGGACGAGGGCGGCAGCGGGCUCGACUUCCGGCGCAACAUGAGCGUAGCGCGCGAGUUCGAGGGCCGCUACUCGUCGGAGGUGUUCGCCGCAGAGGCGGAGCGGGUGAUCGAGACGCACCCGGCCGACCGGCCGCUGUUCCUCUAUCUGGCCUUCCAGAGCGUGCACGCGCCGCUGCAGGUGCCGCGCCGCUACUGGGACCUGUACCCGGGCGUGCGCGACAAGAGCCGGCGCACCUUCCUCGGCAUGGUCUCAGCGCUGGACGACGCCGUGCAGCGCGUGGAGAGCGCUCUGCGCGGCGCUGGACUCUACGACAACACGGUCAUCAUCUUCACCGCAGACAAUGGCGGUCAGGUGCUGGCCGGAGGGAACAACUACCCGCUGCGGGGUAACAAAGUCACCCUGUGGGAGGGCGGCACGCGCGCCGCCUCGUUCGUCCACUCGCCGCUGCUGGAGCGGCCGCGACGGGCCAGUCGUGCGCUCAUCCACGUCACCGACUGGUUCCCGACCGUGCUGCGGCUGGCCGGAGCGCCCCAGCCCACUCCGGAGGACCGGCUCGACGGCGUGGACCAGUGGGACGCCAUCUCGCGAGGCGAGCCGAGCACGCGCUCCGAGGUCGUCUACAACAUCGACGUCGAGAAGAAACCGGGCGCGGCGAUCCGCGUCGGCGACUUCAAGCUGAUCUGGGGCUAUCCGGGCAGCAAGAACGACUGGUACCCGGAGCCGGGCAUCACCGAACUGUGGCCGCUGGUGCCGACCGAGCUGGCGCCGGCCCGCUACACAGAGGUCGGCGAGCACCGCUGGUCCGGCAGCAACACCACCUGGCUGUUCGACCUGGCCUCCGACCCGACCGAGCACGUCAACCUGGCCGCGCAGCGACCGGCGCUGGUGGCCGAGCUGAAACACCGUCUGCUGCGGCACCGACGUCGGCUGGUGCCGGCCGACUGCCCGCCCGAUGACCCGCGCGGCAGCCCGGAUAACUUUGGUCACGUUUUUGUCACCGGCUGGUGUGAGCCAGGCGUGCCGGCGAAGACCCAGUUGGACAGCUUUUAUAAUUUCCUUGUCUGAGGUAGUGAUUUAACAUGUGACAUAAUGCCUGAUUAUCUCGGUCUGGUGGAAUGAGAAUUGGGAAUAAUAAAAAGGCUAAACGA